AGGGAGGGCCGGCCGGAUGUCAGAGCGCUUAACUGCCCACCCGACUGAAGAUGACGUGAGAUUCAUCAUCAUCCCGGACACAGAGCUCCUCAUCAGCAGAACUGAGAGGAGGAGGAGGAGACGAGCACAUGGACUGAGCUGCGAUGGAGCCUGGAGUUUGUGUUCUGGAGCUGCUGGGGGUUUUCUUCUCGCUGAGCGCCUGCUUCUGUUCACUGCUCACCACCGUCACGGCUCAGUGGCUGACGCUCUCCACGGACCUGCUGCCCACCGAGAGCUUCGAGCUGGGACUGUGGGAGACGUGUGUGGUUCAGGAGGUGGGGGUGACGCAGUGCCGGCCGUACGACAGCCUUCUGGGUCUCCCGCCCGACAUCCGGCUGGCCAGGGUUCUCAUGUGCACGGCGGUGGCGGCCGGGGUCGCAGGCCUGACGUGUGCCGUUCCGGGCAUCUAUCUGGUGAACGGCUGCAAGCGCACGGAGACCCUGGAAGCCAAACGGACCCUGAAAAUGCUGGGUGCAAUCUUAUGCUUCGUCGCAGGCGUCCUGGGACUCGUGCCCGUGUCGUACGUGGCUCACCUGACGGUCCUGAGGUUCUUCGAUGAAAGCGUGCCCAGCGUGGUUCCGCGCUGGGAGUUUGGGAAUGCGCUGUUCUUCGGCUGGACGGCGGGCUGUUUGCAUUUGCUCGCUGGUUUCCUGCUCAUCACCUCCUGCAUAUACUUACAAGAUGACCAGUGGCCGCUUUUACAAUCUAUAGCUCUCUACAGAGCACACGUGAUGCGUUCAGAACGCUCUUCACACAGGAGGACAGAGUAUGUGUGACAC